AUGACAAAGAAAAAAUCCGCACCCAAAGCGUCGCUACAGUCCACCGAGAAACCAGCUGAGGAUACCGCGAGCUCAAGAGUCGCUACAAAGCCUCAACAGCUUUUGUCUGCGCAACAGUCCACAUCGCAAGAACGACUAACGGAGGCAUCUGCGUCCCCUACGUCCUUGUUGAUAUGCCGUAACAAACAUUGGCGACACACGUCCUCAUACCAUGGCCCAUGGCUGAAUCUCCCACCCGAGGUCCUCGAGAGUCUAGCGUUCAGCAACUUCUGGUCCCCCCGUCCCAGACCGAUUGAUCCGGCGGUGUUUUUCGAUCUGGUCAAAAUCCGAAGACUGAUCGACGAUGCCACCAGUCUAGCCGUCCGCGCCGCCAAUGGCACCACCUCAGCUGGGCUACAUACGUCCUUGGGCGCGGCCAACGGGAUCCUCAACGGAACGGAUGCGGAAAUCCUGGGGAUCGGAUCGGCAAGAGGAGGCGGAGGAGGACAUCAUGCGAAAUUGAGUCGGGAACGACGACACCGCAUGAGAGAACAUGCGACGCAAAAGCUGUCGCAUGCAUACCAACUCGACGAGAUUGCCGCCAGUGUGGCUACAAUGCAGGCAGCGUCGGCGAUUGACGAUGUGGCCAAACACGUCUUGCAGCGCAAUGGCGAAGACGCCGACGCCCAAUAUGUGCAUUUCUUCCACGAGAAAGUGCCCUCGCUGGCCAUGCCGCAGAACACGACUCUCGACCCUUUGAACGAUGUCAUCCGCCAGAAACCUACCGAGGCAUCGCCCUAUCGAACUCGAGCGGUCGCCCGGGUCUUCAAGGACGAUUGUGAGGCUGCCGUACGGGAUUGUACCGACGGCCUGGCCGUUUAUAGGCUGUAUCAUCAGCAGUCGCAGCAGCAGGGACUUGUUGUCUUCGACGCCGAUACGGUGCGUGAUCGCGAACAUCGUCUCGAUGCCCGCGUGGCGGAGAGAGACCAGCCCAGCGGUCUGGAAGCUCAAUUACUCUUUCAUCGUGCAGGGGCAUAUCUUAGCCUGGCGUGCGACAAUGUUCGGCGGGCGUUGGACCACAAUGUCCGGCGGCAGGAUGUGGAAACACAAACAUUGGCUGCUGGUUCUUCUCUGUUAGAGGAAAAGCGAGCAGAGGCACGGAGAUUCGUCCGGGCGUACACGAAGCGAGCUCUUCGAGACUACACAGCCUUCUUGUCCCAUCUAGACUACACGCCCGGCCUGUCGGCAGAAUACACAGAUGCGUUCUUGGAGAGACUUAGUUCUACCACCUUUGCGAGGGGCGACGGGUCGCGAGGUGAACGGCUUCUCGACAUUGACUCCCAUGCCCGCUCUGGACUGACCGAAGCACUGGCCAAAUACGAAGCCACCAAGGACCGUUAUUCUGGGAAACCAUUGCCUCCACCGCCACAACCAAAAGUUCAUAAAUUGAACGUCCUUUUUGCGGCCGUUCCGCCUGACGAUGUACCUUCGUCUCACAGCGGGUCGCAUCCACAACGAGAUCCUGACCCGGACCACCCGGUCUUUUCGCUCCCAGAUUUCACCGAGGCCGUCACAUACCAUCCGCUGUUGAUGGAUGUGUUACAUUCUCUGUUGUUGUGCCACUGUCUGCUACAGACCUCGACCAAGGAACUUCUGCGGCAUGCACACAUGGUCUCCCGGAUUGCGCGCAUAUGCGAUGGCUACCCUGUCUUUCUGCAGGCACGGUCACCCGCCCGAGCAGAUUGGGUCGAGGUUUUGCGUCGAUCGCAGAACUGGCUCGGCUUAGAUGACAGCUGGGACAGAUUAUGUUCGAGGCUGCCAAUUGCCGUGUCGGAGUGCACGCGUCAGCCAAAGAAUCGACAAGCCGGUUCGAAUGGAUUGGACGGCCACGAGCAGACAACGACGCCGGAGUCGUUGAGAGCCGGUGCCAGGAUCAAGACACUUGGCGGUGAUGGUGCAUCUACAGGUUCUUCACCGCGGCUGGGUUCUCGAGAUGCAGGAAGAGGGACUUCUCUCCGAACGGAACGCGCAGAAGCUAUUGCUCGAUGGGUCACGGAGGCACCACCACCUACUUCAGCCACUGGGGCGGGCCGUCAGAAGAAGAGAUCUGGUGUCAAAGCAAGGCCGAAGAAGACAACGAGCACAGCAUCGAGUUUGAGAGAGACUGGGCUGGAACAGAGUGUGGGUGACCUCAACGUGGUGGACUGA